GCUUAAGUUUAUCCACUAACUUGCAGGGCAAGAACUCGCCACACCGAAUAGGAAACCGCCAGAAAUUCGAUACAGCAGCAUUCAAAGGUAUUUUCUCUGACUCUAGCGACCCUCAAUUUAUAAGCGCGUUUGUUAUAUCUCGUGAGUUAGUGCUAGCAAAAAUGGACCGCGGUGGUUGUCGUUUAAAUGGCGGUGGCGGAGGCGAUAGUCAAGGCGGUGGGUCGGAAGCGGGAUCCCGGUACGGGAUGAUCACCCUGGAGGACCUCGAGUCCUUCGCCGAGGACCAACUCUCGGAUUCGGGAAAUGGAAGUUUAGAGGAGGGGGAGACUAUGGAGGAAGAAGAGGAUCAAGAACGACUACUGCACUAUUGGCAGGACGUCGCGAGGGGACACCAGGUGGAAGUACCAAGAGAUAUGGCCGAACCCAUUCAGCAGCUGACGACCAAUAACAACGGAACGAACAGUCGCGAACAGGUUCCCUACACGCUCAUUUCCCGCAAAGAGAAGUGCGGGGACGUGCUGUACGAGAAGCGGCACUACGAGAAGGCUCACUGGGCGUGCAUCACCGUGCACGAGGACACGUACGAGCAGAGCAUCUGCUACGGCUUCAUGAAGAUCAUGAGAUACAUCUGCCAACAGAACUCUUUAGGAAGCUACCUGGGAAUGUCUAUCCCCAUCGUGACCGUGGUUCGUACGGAUGACACCCAUACGACUCUGGCCAGAGCGGUCACCGUGGCGUAUUACCUGCCCACGAUUCACCAGGCUCAGCCCCCGCAGCCCAGCGACGCGGAGAUACUCAUCGAACAGUGGCCCGCCACCAUCGUCUACACCAGGGCCUUCACGGGACCCACAAACGAAAUCUCAAUCAUCAGUGAGAUCAACACACUGGCCGAAGUCCUCGACAACGUGGCUGUCUGUCUCAACGACUCCUUCAUCGUGGCCGGCUACACUAACCCGGCCGCUGCCCACCGACAAAACGAGAUCUGGUUCCUCGAGAGGCCGUGACCUCCGCACCUGCCGCCCAGUGACCUGUGACCUCCACACCCCAACGCCUCCCCAGCCCCAUCUUCCUCCUCCUCCUCUUCCUCAGACUGAUUUAUGCUUUUUAGUUUUUUCGAACCCAGAUCCUAAAUCCUCGUCAAACGUGAAAUGGCUGUGAUCAGAGACGACUGCUCAGAUAUGUGCCAGAGGGCUGAGAACGGGUCCCCCUGCUGCUUUUUCACGGCGUCCCAACAGAGACGGGAGAAAACGGGGAACAGAUCAGCGGUAGAGGAGCAGUGGAAAACGGAUCACGAUGUCAAAACGCAUUAG